GUGACUCUUCAACAAUAUCUGGCAAAGGGAAAAGUUUUAUGAGAGAAAGCUGAUGAAAAGCUGAAAGUUGAAAAGCUAAAAGAAAGCUGAUGAUAACCGAAAGAGAGAAAGUAAAGAAGAAAAGACCCUUUUUAUUAUUUUCCUCCAUGGAUUUAUCUGUGUUUUAAUUUCUUCUUCUCCAAUUCCCAUCUCUCUUUCUUCUCCAUAGUUUUAUUUUUUCAUGUUGUAAUUAACCCUUUUUUUUCUUCAAAAACCUAAGAUUAAUACACCCACUUAGCUAUCCCUAACUUGUUAAUUUUACUGAAUUUUCAUAUCUAUUGAUCAGCCAUGUUAAGCAAUAACAAUCCCUCUUCUUCAUCCGACCCGUUUAAUUCCUCAGAAAAUGCAAACAAUGCUAGUAGACGAAAACGAAGACCUGCAGGAACUCCAGAUCCAGAUGCAGAAGUUGUAUCGCUUUCACCGAAAACGUUACUGGAAUCGGAUCGAUACGUAUGUGAGAUCUGUAAUCAGGGAUUUCAGAGAGACCAAAACUUACAGAUGCAUAGAAGAAGGCAUAAAGUUCCAUGGAAGCUGCUUAAAAGAGAAACCCCAAUUGUUAGAAAGCGCGUUUUCGUUUGCCCAGAACCAACUUGUCUCCACCAUGAUCCUUGUCAUGCCUUAGGAGAUCUCGUCGGUAUUAAAAAGCAUUUCCGUAGAAAACACAGUAAUCACAAGCAAUGGGUUUGUGAGAAAUGCUCAAAAGGAUAUGCGGUUCAGUCUGAUUACAAAGCUCAUCUUAAAACUUGCGGCACUCGUGGCCAUUCUUGUGAUUGUGGCCGCGUUUUUUCAAGGGUGGAAAGCUUCAUUGAGCAUCAAGACGCUUGUAGCAUGGGCAGACUCCGAUCUGAAUCACAAUCCUUACAUCCACCUUGCCUUUCUCGCACAGCUUCUAGUACUCCUAGCCCGUCUAGCGACACGAAUCUCAGCACCACACCAUGGUCUAGUACAUUGCUAAAAAAACUGUCAUCCGCUGCAGCUGCAGCUACUCAUCAUGCUAAUCCCAACAUCAUAAAAAAUUGUACAAACAAACACAAUUUGGAGCUACAGCUCUUGACUACUACUACAUCAUCAUCUAGCCCGGCAUUUGACGUCUCCGUAUCAUCUAAACCAAACGAAGAUCAUUCAGCUUACAAUCUCCAACUCUCCAUUGGCUCUUCAGACUUCAACGAGUCGUCAGAAAACGCGAAUGAGAAGCGUAGUUCAGAUGCUUUGAGACUGAAAGAUGAGGCAACGGAGCAGCUAAGGAUAGCGAUGUCAGAAAAGGCGUACGCGGAAGAGGCGAGGCAGCAAGCGAAGCGACAGAUCGAGUUGGCUGAGCAGGAAUUUGCAAAUGCUAAGAGAAUUAGACAACAAGCACAAGCGGAGUUGGAUAAGGCUAAUGCUUUGAAAGAACAUGCCAUCAAGCAAAUCAACUCUACACUUUCACAAAUCACUUGUCAUUCUUGCAAACAGAAAUUCCAAUCAACUACCAGAGUUAGUAUUGUUGAUGAAAAUAACUCAUUGGCAUUGAGUUAUAUUUCUUCGGGUUUAUCAGAAGGUCAUCAUCAUGAAGUUGCCAACAAUAUCAAUCAAAACGAACAUCUCAAACUUUCUCAACGUUAGUUACUUUUAUUUUUAUGUUUGUUCAUUAUAUGAUUAUAGCUAGUAGUGUAGUGAGGGUGGUGGUGAUGCUAAGAAUACUUAAUGAAGGGUUGUAUGGUUAAAAAAAAGGAGUAUUUGGUGUAAUUUUUUUUAUUUAAUUCUUGCACGGUGACUGUCAUAAUGGUGUUUUUUUUUUUUUUUUUUCAACAAAGGCAAUAAUGUGAGAUUUCUUGGUAUCAAA